AUGCGCAGAAAUGUGCCUGGCGGUUGGAGCAGUGGCUGGUCAAAGAAGGGAGCACCUCCUUGGCAGAAGAACAAGGUCGCCAUUAAAGUUGUUUCUCGUUGUUCGCAGAUGCCGAGGUUGAAUAGAGCCAUACGGAUAGGUACAAAUCACGGCUCUCUAUCUUCUAGAGUGCUCUCAUACUACGGGGAUACCCCCUUAGGCAUGGUCGAAUCAGCGUUCGAAUUUUCAGAUUUGUGUAUACAGAACAACUUUUUCAAUGUGGUCUUUUCCAUGAAGGCUUCCAACGCGUAUAUAAUGAUACAGUCAUACAGGCUACUCGUGGCUAGGCAAUAUGAAAGGAUGGCCAACGGCUUGCUAUUCCCCUUGCACCUCGGCGUUACUGAAGCAGGGUUUGGGGAUAAUGGAAGAAUAAAAUCCUACUUGGGGAUAGGUUCGCUACUGUACGACGGGAUAGGAGACACCAUCAGAAUUUCGUUAACUGAGGACCCUUGGGAAGAAUUAACUCCAUGCAAAACGUUGAUUAAAAAUUUAAAAAAAAGAAUCUUUUAUGAUGACCAUGAGGGGGGCGAAACAGAUGGUCGGAUUUCUCCCCCAGGGGAUACUUCCCCCACAUUGCUCACUUUCGAGGAGCACUUUCGAAAUUUUAAUAAAAUGACAAAAAGGAGAGUCGAAAAGAGGGAAGACGUGAUGCAUGCAGAGUGCACCAUCGGAAACGUAGUCACUGAGAAGGAGCUGGAAGACUCACUGCAAAUUUUCAAAGACUUGAAUUUAGAGCUCGAUCAAAAUGGAAACCUCAAAAAGGGUGUUAAAUCCACCGAUAUUCUUGUUAUCCCCAAAUUGGGGGUGCUAAGCGGCAGGUCUUGGGCGACCCUGGGGAAAUUGGCAGAGGCGGGCGUGCACAUGCUGGCGGAGUACGAUGAGGGGGACGUGGCCAUGCUAAGUGGGAACACCAAUGAGAGUGGAUAUACUCACGGGAUGGGCCAAGUUUCCCGGAACACCCUAUUUUAUCUCGACCUGAACCGUGUGCAGACCAUCCUGCAGAAGAAUGAGGGGAAAAUCCCACUACACAGCUCCGCAAAGGGGUACGUACUAGUGGUGAACGGGAAGGAAGACACGAAUCUAAUUGAACAGGUUUUUAACCAAAUAAAAGGGAAAAACCCACCUCCCCUAUUCUUCUUACUCAAAUCAGACACUAUACACGAACAUGUCAUAGCUACCAGACGGUUCAACGAAAUUGUGAACUCGCUAAAUAUAGAUCUGCCUUAUGUGCACUAUGCUAAUGUUAACUCGACCAACUAUGACGACAUGCUAGUCGAUUCAACACUCUACGUAGGCACUUGUCUAAUCGAUUUAAUGGGAGAUGGACUGAUAAUAAAUGUCACGAAUGGGCAUAUAAAACGGAACGGAUACCUUAAAGAGGAGGGAGUUCCCUCUCGAGUUGCACUAAACUCAUUUCUCACUUUGAACAUUUUACAGGACACACGUGCUCGUCUAUUCAAAACGGAUUAUAUUGCAUGCCCCUCUUGUGGUCGAACCCUUUUUAACAUACAAGAAACAACAAAAAGGAUUAUGGAGCUGACUGGUCAUUUGAAGGGAGUUAAAAUUGCCGUCAUGGGAUGCAUUGUCAACGGCAUUGGUGAAAUGGCGGAUGCACAUUUUGGUUAUGUUGGAAGUGCCCCCAAAAAAAUCGACUUGUAUUAUGGGAAAGAACUCGUCGAGAGAAACAUCCCUGAGGAGGACGCCUGUGACAAACUUGUAGAGCUCAUUAAGAAGCACAACAUGUGGCAGGACCCGUAG